AGAGAAAAACACAAAUACGAUAUAACUCAAAGUGCGAGAUGUCCCUGGAAUACCUCGUGGCGUUCUGCCUCUUCCUCGCGGGUUUCGUCCUCCUGGUUAUCCUGCGCUCGAGGAGGGCUAACGACGUGCCACCCGGACCCUGGGGGUUGCCGAUCCUGGGCUUCCUGCCCUGGAUAAACCCGGACGCGCCACACGAGAGCCUAACAAUUCUGGCCCGGAAAUACGGCCCCGUUUGUGGACUGAAGCUGGGAUCCCUUUACACGGUGCUGAUCAGCGAAGCUCAUCUGGUACGUCAGGCCCUGGCUAAGGAUUCGCUGUCCGGACGGGCCCCGCUCUUCGUUACUCACGGGAUAAUGCAUGGAUAUGGGUUGAUUUGCGCGGAUGGUGACCUCUGGCGAGAACAACGGAAAUUCGUUGUUGGCUGUCUGAGGAACCUCGGUAUGGUCAAGAUCGGGACGAAACGGGACAAGAUGGAAUCCAGGAUUCUUACUGCAGUGGAAGAGAGCGUCUCGAAACUCCAGAAGCGUUCAGCUAACGGAGGGGUCGAUCCUUACCCGACCCUCCAUCACUGCAUGGGUAAUCUAAUGAACUUAUUGGUGUUCGGGAGGGUCUUUGACGAGGACGACGAGACCUGGAGGUGGUUACAACGGCUGCAGGAAGACGGGGUUAGGCACAUCGGAGUCGCUGGGCCGCUAAACUUUCUGCCAUUUUUGAGGCAUAUGCCGAGGUACAAGAAUAUGAUGCGUUUCCUCGUCGAGGGCAAGCUCAAGACCCACGAUGUUUAUCGUGGCAUUUCAAAGGAUCGCGGUGAAUCUGGUAACGCAGGGGAAUCCGUUCUCGCCAUGUUCGAGGAGGAAACCAAACGCAGACUUGCAGCUGGUGACGAGGGCCACUUCACCGAACCCCAGAAGCUUCACCUCCUCGCCGAUCUCUUCGGCGCUGGAACUGAUACCACGUUGACCACCCUGAGGUGGCUGCUUCUUUUUCUCGCCGCUUAUCCUCGCGAGCAGGAUGCGGCUCAUAACGAGAUGAACGCGGUGCUCGGACCAAGACCAGUCGAGCUCAAGGACCGGCCUGAUCUUCCACGUCUUGAAGCCGUCAUCGCAGAAGCUCAGAGAAUUCGGAGCGUCGUUCCUGUCGGCAUACCACACGGUGCUCUUGAAGACUCGGAAAUCGGCGGCUAUCUCAUACCCAAGGGAGCGAUGGUCGUUCCUCUUCAAUGGGCGAUACACAUGGAUCCGAAAAACUGGAAAGAUCCCGAGGAAUUCAGACCAGCGCGUUUCAUAGCAGAUGAUGGCAGCUUCGCGAAACCGGACAAUUUUCUGCCUUUUCAAAACGGAAAAAGGAUCUGCGUUGGCGAGGAGCUGGCAAAGAUGAUGCUGUUCCUUUUUGCCGGACGUAUAAUUCAGUCGUUGAAAAUAUCGCUGCCGCAAUCAUCCGACGACGACGACGACGACGACGACGACGACGACGACGACGAGGAGAAGGCAGCAACGGUCGACCUUUCCGGGGAAUCCGGCAUCACUCUCACCCCGAAACAUCACAGGCUGAUAUUCUCACCGCGAUCUGCCAAACAAUAAUUACACACAUGAC